UUUUAAUGUUCUAUAAUCGCACUAAAGUCUUACGUUAAGUCAACAUUACGGUUACAUUCCUUCAACGGUCGGCUAAUCCAGUCUUUAGCUUGUGUGUAAACAAAAUUAUAAACCCAAACGCACGCACCAUUUUUUUCGUGCGCACUCCUUAUUUACAAAUGUCCAACACUAACAAUCAUUACAAUUUGGCGUUUGACCACCACUUACUAGACUUCUAUUGAAAAACUAUCAAUAGAUGUCUAUUUAAAUGAAUUGAUUUCAGAAUCGAUAGAACACGAUCGAAAAAUAUUAUACAAAAUACAUCAUUUCGCACAUAUUGUAAUUAACAUUGCAUGGCUAUUAAAUUGCCAAAAAUACAAUAAAUAAAUCUUUACAAAUUAGAAAAGUGCUUGUGGAGUAUUAAUAGCACAUCCUUUGGACACAAUUAAAACAUGGCAGCAGGCCUCAAAUACCACAGUACCAACCGCCACUCAACAGAUUUACAAACGUAACAGAGGGAUCAAUGGGUUUUAUAGGGGAAUGUUUUUUCCAUUUGUCACAACGGGAGCCAUUAAUUCGAUUUUAUUCGGGGUCUAUGGCAAUCAUCUGCGGCAGCUGAGAAUGGUGUGUCACAGUGACUAUCAAAGGGAACAAUUGGAGGAUAAGAAUAUAUUUGUGGCCGGUUCUGUGGCUGGUUUUGUGCAAUCGUUUAUAGCCUGUCCCAUUGAACUGAUAAAAGUGCGAUUACAAACACAACAUUUUUAUAGCGAUUACGUCUAUGGCAUACGCAGAACAACUUAUGGCACAUUUAAAAAGAUCUUAGUAACUGAUGGCAUCUCUGGACUUUACCGCGGUCUACUUCCCAUGAUGUGUCGUGAUGUCUUUCCUUAUGGUAUUUAUAUGUUGGCUUAUCGUCACACCACCACGUAUAUAGAUCAAACUGAAUUUGUACAAAAUCGUCGUCGUCAGCGUAAAGAGGAUGAAGCUAAAGUGGAUUUUGUGGUGACAACAUUGGCUGGUGCCUGGGCUGGUAUUUUAUCGUGGGUCUGUGUAAUACCCUUCGAUGUGGUUAAGACCAUAAUGCAGGCUGAAGAAAGUAGACAAUAUCGUAAUAUUUGGCAUUGUCUGUCUAAGAAUUUUAAGCGUUAUGGUUGGCGUAGAUUAUUCCGCGGCAGCUGGAUGCUGGUAGUUCGAGCUAUACCCUUUAAUGCCGCCACCUUUGUUGGUUAUGAAUAUGCCUUGGAAUGGUGUCAUAAAGUUUGGCAUGUGCAAAAAUCUGCCCCUAAAUUUAUUUAAGUUUUAAGUCUUAUGUUUUUUUUUUAUUUUUUAUUAUGUUUUCUAAUUGGUAAAAACAACGAAAAAAUUGGCUGUGUAAAUUAAAUAAAAUUAUAUUGAAGA